AAGUUUAAUAAUCUUAAUAAACGAAUUUAAUUAAGAAUCCUUGUUAAAAAAAAUUAACGCGUGUAGAAUUGUUAUCGUACCUUGGGUCGAUAAGUUAACCUCAAAAAACAGUGAAAACAUUUCCCUCUCGUCCGUGUCUUUUCGUCUGUCCGUCCAUACCGCUUCGUAUUAGUACACGCACGCGCAGAACCUAUUUUUUGAUUGAUAUAUAAAGGCAGUGGCAGUACAAAGGAAACAUCUCAAGUGGUUUUUCUGAAGUCACGGUGGCAGUGGCAUUUGAAACAUGGCAGACAUCAUUGACUGUAAUUUUCCUGUGUGGGGCCUACUGCCUAAAAAAGAAACAGGUGUCUCUCAAUUUCUCAGUAAAUAUCCCGAAUACGAUGGGAAAGGCGUCGUCAUUGCUAUUCUCGAUUCCGGUGUCGAUCCUGGAGCACCGGGUUUGCAGGUAACUCCGGAUGGAAAAACAAAAGUAAUUGAAAGAUUCGACUGCAGUGGUGCUGGUGACGUUGAUACAAGCAAAGUUGUCCAGGCUCCGGAUGGAUAUAUAAUUGGUAUCACAGGUCGUAAAUUAAAGGUCCCUUCAAAUUGGGUCAAUCCCAGCAAUGAAUAUCAUAUCGGGGUGAAAAAUUUAUAUUCAUUAUAUCCUGGUAAAUUAAAAGACAGAAUUACUGCCGAACGUAAAAAAAACCUUUGGGAUGAUGGACAGAAAGCUGCUCUUGCCGAAGCUUCCAGACAGUUACAAGAAUUCGAAGCAAAAAAUUCCAAAUCAAGCAAUGGUGGGGAAGAAAAAUUGGAGAAAGAGGAAUUGGAAGCCAGAGUUGAAGUACUCACCAAUGCAGAAAAAAAAUAUUCAGAUUCUGGACCUGUGUAUGACGUAGUCGUAUUCUUCGAUGGCAAUGUUUGGAGAGCAUGCAUUGAUACUUCAGAAGAAGGUGAUUUGGAAUCUGGCGUUUAUCUUGGAGAAUAUUCUUUGACAAAAGAAUAUGCUCCCUUAACAAAAGAAGAUCAAUUAAACAUUACCAUUAAUGUUCAUGAUGAAGGAAAUACUCUUGAAAUUGUUAGUUUAUGUUCAAGUCACGGAACUCAUGUAGCUUCAAUAGCGGCAGCUUAUUUUCCUGAAAGUCCAGAAUUAAAUGGCGUAGCGCCAGGUGCUCAAAUAAUUUCAUUAACAGUUGGAGAUGGGCGUAUAGGCACUAUGGAAACAGGAACAGCGAUAGUAAGGGCAAUGAUAUACAUCAUGCAACGUAAAGAAAAAGUUCAUGUUAUAAAUAUGAGUUAUGGUGAACACGCGCAUUGGUCUAACACAGGACGAAUAGGAAGAUUGAUGAAUGAAGUUAUCGAUAAGUAUGCUAUAACGUGGGUUGCAUCUGCUGGAAAUCUUGGGCCAGCAUUAUGUACUAUUGGAACACCACCUGACAUCAGUUCAAACAGUAUUAUUAGUGUUGGUGCUUAUGUUUCACCUGAUAUGAUGGUGGCUGAAUAUUCUUUAAGAGAAAAAAUGCCCGGUAUGCCAUAUACAUGGUCUUCUCGUGGCCCCAUGAUAGACGGUGGUGCUGGUGUUACUGUAUGUGCUCCUGGUGGAGCUAUUACGAGUGUUCCUAAUUUCACGUUAAGAAAAAGUCAACUUAUGAAUGGUACGAGUAUGGCUAGUCCACAUGUCACUGGUGCAAUCGCGUUGCUUAUAUCUGGGCUUAUUGCUAAGGGUUGCCCAUAUUCUCCGUACAGUAUAAAAAGAGCUCUUGAAAAUACUGCUUUAUACAUAUCUAAUUUGGAUCCAUUUGCACAAGGUUCAGGUUUAUUACAAGUUGAACGUGCAUUUGAUAAUCUUGUUUCUUAUAAUGAUGCACCAGAAAGAGAUGUCAGAUUUUCAAUUAAUUGUGGCACAAAUAAUUCUAAAGGAAUUCACAUGAGAAUUGGCGUUAUUGAUCGUCCAAAAGAUUAUUCAGUUACCGUCGAGCCAGUAUUUCUUGAUAGCGAAAAUAUUGAUCCAUUGCGUAAGAUUGAUUUUAAUUUAAAAUUGACAUUGGUGUGCGAGGCAUCUUGGGUCAAAUUUCCAACUCAUCUUGAUCUAAUGCAUAUGCCUCGUAGUUUUGCAAUUAGUAUUGAUGGAUCUUCUUUGUCAGAAGGUGUUCAUGCUGCAAGCAUUAGAGCUUAUGAUGUAACCAAUAUUGCAAAAGGCCCAGUGUUCCAAAUUCCUAUCACCGUAGUGCAACCAUUGGUACUGCCAAAAACUGCUCUUCUCCCUGAUCUAACAUACACAAAUGUUUUAUUUAAAUCAAAUACAAUCCAGCGUCAUUUUAUCCUCGUUCCUGAAGAUGCCACAUGGGCAGUUCUCAAGAUAAAGAGUACAGACAAGGACAAGAAUAGUAGAUUCAUAUUUCAUAGUAUCCAAUUGAAACCACGAUUAGCUUGUAAAACACUUGAACUUAACAAAAUGAUAGGAGUUACACCCCAAUCGGAAUGUGUACAACCAUUUGCUGUUGAGAGUGGUUUAAUCGUAGAAGUUGUACUUGCAAAAUAUUGGGCAAAUUUAGGCGAUGUAUCGAUAGAUUAUACAAUUGAAUUUCAUGGUCUUCGUAUAAUAAAUGGUAACUUAACGAUGCAAUCAGGCGAUGGUAUUAAUCGUUUAGAACUACGAAGUUCAAUGAGAAUCGAAGAAGUUGUACCAUGUGUUACACUUAAAUCAUCUGUACAAAUUUUAAAACCAUCGGAUUCUAAAAUACUUCCAUUACGAGCUCGUGAUGUUAUUCCACCUGCGAGACAAAUAUAUGAAUUACAAUUAACGUACACAUUCCAUUCAGCAAAAGCAACUGAAGUUACACCCAAUGCUUCGUUGCUAAGUGAUUUGCUGUAUGAGAGUGAAUAUGAGAGUCAAAUGUGGAUGAUUUAUGAUUCCAACAAACAACUAAUUGCCUGCGGUGAUGCAUACCCAUCUAAGUAUACCAUUCAAAAAUUGGAAAAAGGCGAUUAUACAAUAAAGAUGCAUAUUCGUCAUGAAAAGAAAGAAUUAUUAGACAGAUUAACAGACAUGCCAUUGCUUUUGAGUCAAAAACUCAACAAUCCAAUAACCCUUGACGUUUAUGCUAGUCAAACUCAAGCUUUGAUCGGUGGGAAAAAAAUGGUUGCAGCAUCUAUUCCACCUGGACAUAUUUUCCCGUUAUACGUUGCACCUAUAUCUAACGAAAACAAGCUAUCCAAAGGUGCUACUCUUGGUAGUUAUUUACAAGGUACGAUUACGUUUUGUAAAGAUGAGAAUGACAAGAAAGUAGAUACUCAUACGUUUAAAUACGUAUUAUCUGAACCUACCAAAAAACAAAAUAAUUGUACGUCUAAAUCGGAAAAGGAAAAAACUACUAAGUGGGAUGAAUAUACCGAAGCACUACGGGAUUUAAAAUGCACAUGGCUUGCAAAACUUGAACCAGGUGAAUAUGCAAACUUAUUGUAUGGAGAAUUGAAGAACAUAUUCUCAGAUCAUUUGCCUAUACACACUGCCAUGUUGACAUCUUUGGAUUCACCUGAAGCGCGUCGUCAUCUACCUCAUGAUGAUAUAUCAGAAGUUUCGAUUGCUCUUGCCAAUCAAAUACUAGCCGUUGCUGAUGUCGUUAUUACAAAUAUUGAUCAGGAUAAAUUAUUAGCCUAUUAUGGCCUAAAGACUGAUCAACGACCUGAUGCUGCCAAAAUAAAAGCAACUAUGGAUAAACAAAAGAAUAUAUUAAUAGAAGCAUUAGUGAAGAAGGGUUGUGCAUUGGCACGACUAUAUGUCCACGGUAAAAAUCAAGGCGAAGUUAAUGGUCCUCUCGAGCAUUUACUUAUAGGCGUUACAAACAUUUGGCAAGAAGUACAGAAAUUUGCAGAACCAACUGACACCAAGGUGCUUAUAUUAUCAUUGUGGCACGCACAUAUUAACAAUCAUUAUGGACGUUAUUUGAAAUUAUUGACACGUUUUUACGAAGAGAAACCACUCAAAGAAAUAGAUGAAAAGUGUAUAGAAAUCACAAGGGUUUUGGGCUGGAAUUAUUGGUCCCGUCAUCUAAUCACAAUAAGCGAAGCAUGUACAUUGAUAUGUCUUCUCGUGGCACAACGCAUAUCUCAAGGAAACAUAUUAAUUUACAAUGUAGAUACUUGUCCAGAAUUAUCUGUUAUUAUGGCCGAAGCGAUGGUAGAAGGUAACGCAACUCACGCAUGGAUUAUAAGUCAAAAACUUAUUCCUCAUCCAUAUCUUAAUACCGAAGAGGCUUUAAAAUAUGGUGGCAGAAGUCUAACUAUAUUAAAAGAAUGGGUUACUUUAUUUGAUUCUCAUGGACAUAGUACUGUGAAACAUCCUAAUCGAGGCUUAGUUGUCGCGCAGGUUGAAUCUGUUUCUUCAGAUAUAGAUAUUUAUCGUACGUAUUCUUCGUUAGAAGUUUUUGAAGAAUUUACUUCUAUGAAGGCAUCAGAAUUAAAGAUGAGAAUAGAAGAGAUGCUACGCAUCAAAGCAUCGGUAACUAAUGAACUCAGAGAUUUGGGUGCCAAAAGGCAUAGGCUUCAAGUUGAAUUUACUGGUUUGACACAAAGAAUAGAAGGUUUGAGACAAGAAUUGUUGCAUCAACAAAGAGAUCUCGAUAGACUGAAGAUUAGUGUAGAACAAGCGCAAGUAGCACAAAGAGAAGCGGUUGAAAGAAAUACGCCUGAAUUAGCACCGCCCAAAAGAAUAUUAAGGACUGGUAUUCCUGAAACAUUAGCUAGUACCGAUCCAAGAUCAUGUAGAAUGUACAAUUGUUUUGAUCACAGUCGAUGCGCAUUGACCAGUGGUUUUCCAGUAUAUUUGUAUGAUCCUGAUCAAUUUCCUGUAGUUAACGUAGGAUGGGAUGUGGAUGGUUUUUUAAAGACAACCAUUAAACAGACUUUAGGUUACAAUCCGCAUCUAACAAGAAAUCCCGCGGAAGCAUGUAUUUAUGUGGUUUUAAUUGGAGAAGCGUUGUCAGUACAACCGCAAGGUUACCCCAAAUUUUGGAGAGCAGUGGAUGUUAAUAAAUUACAGGAGCUUCCAUAUUGGGGAGGGGAUGGUAGAAAUCAUAUAUUGUUAAAUCUUGCACGUAGAGAUUUAUCGGUUAAUUCUGGAAGUACUUCUGUUAAAAAGAAUACCAGCAGGGCCAUAAUAGUCCAAUCAACUUUUUAUAGAAAUCAAUUCCGCGAAGGUUUUGAUUUAAUCAUUCCUCCAAUUUUGGGUCCACCUGGUGGCGAUGUUUGGCAAGAUUGUGCGCAGAUGUUACCUGCAAGGAGAAAAUAUUUAUUAUCAUUUCAAGGAGAGAUGAAAGGUUCCAAGAGUCCUUCUACUACAUUCAAUCAGAAUAACGAUACAGAAGUAGACUUGGAAAAAUUGAAUAUGGAUGAAAAUAAUUUAGAUACCUUUAUUAUACAACAUUUAAAGGAUAUGAGUAGUGGAACUACUCUGGAUAAAUUUUUCAUCCAAUUUGAAUGUAUACCGGCAUCGGAAGAAAGAAAAACCGUUGAAGUUCUCGAUUGGUCUCUCUGUGGAACUGAUUCUUCAAGAAGAUCUAUAUUAAAGGAAUCUACAUUUGCUUUGAUUUUAGCACCAACCGACUCUACUUUGAUAACCACCUCUUCUAUACAGGCACGAUUAUACGAAGCCUUAAGAUCUGGAGCAAUACCAGUUAUUUUAGGUGGUGAUCAAAUUUUACUUAGUUAUAACGAAGUUAUUGCUUGGCGUAAAGCAAUUAUUUUUUUACCUAAGGCUAGAGUAACGGAAAUGCACUUUUUGUUGCGUGCUGUACCAGACAGCGAUCUAUUAACAAUGCGCAGACAAGGCAGAUUAAUAUGGGAGCAUUAUUUAAGCACUGCUCAAGCUGUUGUAGAUUCUAUUAUCGCAACUGUUAGAGACAGACUCGGUAUACCUCCGUUACCCGCACCACAAGCUACUAGUCCAAGUGUCUUUAAUGAAAGCUUUGUGCCUUUAAAAGCUGAUACUACAAUAGCUGAACCAGAAGCAGAAGAAAGUUUGGGUCCCUUAGAACCACCAUAUGCCUCACCUUCUUUUAAAAGAAAUUAUACAACAAUGUUAAUUCAAGGCCAUGAAAUUUGGAACGAUUGGAUGAAUCCUUUCAAUCUUUAUCCGCAAUUACCAUUCGACACGAUCUUACCUAGUGAUGCCAAAUUCCUGGGAUCUGAUACGGGAUUUAGACCGAUCGGCAAAGGUUCUGGAGGUGCAGGUAAAGAAUUUAGUGAAGCUUUAGGCGGAAAUUAUCCUAGGGAACAAUUUACUAUAGUAAUGCUCACUUACGAAAGAGAACAAGUUUUAAUUAAUUCAUUAGCGAGACUUUAUGGCUUGCCAUAUUUGAAUAAAGUUCUUGUCGUAUGGAAUAGUCCUAAACCACCCGUAGAAGAUUUAAAGUGGCCAGAUAUUGGAGUUCCUAUACAUGUAAUCAAAGCUUCAAGAAAUAGUUUAAACAAUAGAUUUCUUCCAUUCGAUGCGAUUGAAACUGAAGCUGUUUUAUCCAUUGACGAUGAUGCUCAUCUCAGACAUGAUGAAAUUAUGUUUGGUUUUAGGGUGUGGAGAGAACACAGGGAUCGAGUUGUAGGAUUUCCUGGUAGAUUUCAUGCAUGGGAUCCAAAUUUCCAUAACGCAUGGAAUUACAAUUCCAAUUAUUCUUGCGAAUUGUCAAUGGUUUUAACCGGUGCUGCAUUUAUACACAAACAUUAUACAUAUUUGUAUACGUAUUGGUUGCCACAAGCUAUACGAGAUAAGGUCGACGAGUAUAUGAACUGCGAAGACAUAGCCAUGAACUUUUUAAUAUCUCAUAUUACUAGGAAACCACCUGUUAAGGUAACAUCUCGAUGGACGUUUAGGUGUCCUGGUUGUCCUGUUUCAUUGUCGGAAGACGAUACACAUUUUCAAGAAAGACACAAGUGCAUUAAUUUCUUUUCUCAGGUAUUUGGAUACAUGCCACUUUUAAAUACACAAUUUCGUGCUGAUUCGAUAUUAUUUAAAACAAGAAUACCUCACGAUAAACAAAAAUGUUUUAAAUUUAUAUAAUAGAAUUUCGGAAUAUCAUUUCGAAAGCUUCUAUAGGUAUGCACAUAUACACGCAUAGUCAUAUAUUAUUACACAUUAAAUUAAUUAAUGUGUUUGAAUUGUGUUAUUUGAAAUUACUUUUCUUUAGAAAAGUCGUAAGUGAGAAAAAAGAAAUAAUUUAUUUUAAAUUUGCUUCUACCUAAAUCAAUAGAAAAGACUGUUUAAUAUAUAUAUUCAGAAUUAUUAUAGAUGUAUGUCUUUUUUAAAUAUCCUUAUAUGUGAUAAUGUAUAUGAUCAAAAUUUGGAUCACGUCAAACUUUGAAUUAAUUUUGUUUCUAAAUGGAUUUAUUAUUGCCUGUAUUGGGCAUACAAUUGUUAAUGAACAAUUUAAUCAUAACGUAUUGAUUAUUCGGAAAUUCAUAAACGAAUAUACAGGGUGUCUGAGAUUUUCCGGGCCAACGAUACCAAUUAAAAAUAAUCCUGUUCAUAUAACAUUUUUUUUUAAUUUUCGUGUAUAAAAUUCGCUGACAUUGGUUAGAAAAACCUCAGAUAUCUUGUACAAUGUGAAAUAUACGCAGAUUUUUGUAGUAAUACACUAUACAUAUGUUUUGUUUAAUGUGACGAUGAUACCUGCAUUUAUUAGACGUAAAUUGUAUAUUGGUUUUUAACUAAAGUUGAAUCAUUUUUCAUUUAUAUAGAUAUUUUAAAGCACAUAACACAUUUUUACUUGUUAUUUAAAAUAUGUUUCAUACACAUCACACAUAUAUACACAAGAGUGUGACACAGUUGGUAUAAAUAAACUAAAUGCAAAUAACGCGUGAUCAUCCAUGUAAUCAGGGUCCAUUAAGCAAAAUAUACUCCGUCACGUAUGUGUGUUAUGAGGCAGGAAUAAUUUUAAAGCGUAAUAAACUCGCACAUACACGUAAAUCACAUAUACAUUUUAUUAUGAUUAUUUAAAAUAUACAAAUAGAAAUGAGAUGUCUCAAAAGAAAUGUAAGUGCAAUUAAUUAUAUAUUUAACUUUGAGAGACUAUCGUCAAAUAAUAGGAUAUUAUUCGGAACAAGAAUUAGAACAACUCUAAUCCAACAAUGUCUUCAAUUAAUACAGUUCACAUUUAUUUGCAUAUCAAAGAACGUAGUAAAGGGACAAUGAACGUCGAAUACAUUUAUCAAAAGUUCCAUCGUGAAUUUAACAGGACGGAAACGACCAAGAAAGCCCAUUAAAUUCAAACAAAAUGUAGAAUAUUAUGAAUCGAAUAUCUAAGUUGUUCUUUUUGUAAAGACUGCAUGUAAAAUAGAUGUUUAUAUAGAUAUAAAUUUAUGCUGUAACUUUUAAUAUGAA